GACGUGAAAAUCUGACGUAAGAGGUUUCAACAUUUCUACAGAGAGAUGGUACAUAUAUGUAGCUCCUAGCUGCCCUCGCUCGAGUACUCCAUGUUUAAGGUCUGUGAAUCCAACUUGGAUUCCAAGUGUCUGCUACUGCAUGGAAGACAUUACUGUAGGGAACGAACAGUAAGGAAGGAAUGACGGAAGACUCACGAAAAAGAGCUGGCGCUACGGCAGACUUUUUUUUUUUUUAAUUAACAUGACACAAUAUUAUAGUACUAAGACAGCAACAAAGAGAACAAUAUUAAAAAAUACUAAAGACAAGCCAGGGCAAAAAGAAACACUGUGAGUUUAGAUUAAUAUUUUUACAGUGUAAAAGUUUGUUUUUUUUUUUUUAUUGGUUGAGUCUUGGACCGUAGUAACAAUGUCCUGUUUGAGUUCAGUCGAGAGCGCUACAAAGUGAGGUUUCCCCAUUAGACAGUCUGCAUUUAUGGAUACGAAAGCGUUAUGGCACGCUGCCCCAUCAUCGCCCGAGUCCACGAGGCCCGGGCAGGAUUUGUGCGUCAUUUGUUUCCCAGAAUCCUCCGCGGUGCGGAGCGCAGCGGACUGGGAGAAGCCUGGGCAGGGGAAGCAGCCUCCGCCUGGGUGGGUCUUUUCGGCGGCGAGGAAUGCGCUGCGCUAGUGAGCUUAAAGUGCUGUAGAACUGGGUGGCGAAGCGCAGUUACAUUAGUUUCUUUCUCCAGCUGCUUUUCAUCCUGACACGGAGCAGUAAGACGCGCCACGGUGGAGCGCGAGCGCGGACGCUGAAAAUGCCCCCUCACCUCUCUCGCCCUCAGCCCGAGUGGCUCGGUCGUCGUCGCCGCCACAGCAGCAGCAACAGCAGCACCUCCACGACCACUUCUACCUUCAUCUUCAUCUCCAUCUCCAGCUCCUCACCGGCCCGCCGCUGUCCGCUCCCUUUCUUCCAGCACAAGUUUGUUCGGCUGCAUCAUUGAUGCCGCCCAGCAGCGCCGAGUUAUUUAUUAUGCUUUCCAGAAAGAAGAGCAAGAACGAAGCGUCCAAGCCAGCCGAGGUGCAUGGAAAAUACGUGAAGAAGGAGACGUCGCCGCUCUUGAGAAAUCUGAUGCCUUCGUUUAUUCGCCAUGGCCCCACGAUUCCCAGACGCACAGAAAUCCCCUUGCCGGAGCCGACACCUUCGCCGUACCCGGUUGGUCCGGCAGAUCCUGUGGUUGCCCGCAAUGAGAGCUUCAUGCGCAACCCUGUACAGCGGCCACCGACUGACGUUGCGCGGCGUGAGAGCCACCGGUUGUCUGCUCCACCGUACCUGCCCCGCAGCCUUGGAGACCUGCCCCAUGAGUACGCAGGAUCCUCCCAGUCCUUCCUCUCCGACGUGAACGCUGUGGCAGAGAACGGCGAUGUUGGCAGUGUUGCCCGUUACUACUACUCCCAGGACCCCUGUUUCGAUGGGCCGCAGCAGCAGCGGGUACGGCAUAGGAGGCACACCCCGGAUCGCUUUCACGACGAUUAUCGAUACUAUGAACACGGUGAACACAAUUUCCAAAGAGUGGCACAGGCUUCGCAAGCCCAAGGAAGACAUCCCACAGGAAUCGGACGCAUCCAGGCCAAGUCUCUGGGAAAUCUUGCAAGCCCAAGUGGAGAGGACCUCCCCUUGCCAGCAGGCUGGACUGUGGAUUGGACUAUCCGGGGAAGGAAGUACUACAUUGACCACAACACCAAUACGACGCACUGGAGCCAUCCACUGGAGAGAGAGGGGCUGCCGCCUGGGUGGGAAAAAGUCGAGUCUGCUGAGUUUGGAGUCUACUAUGUGGACCAUAUCAACAAAAGAGCACAGUACCGUCAUCCCUGUGCCCCAAGUGUUCCUCGUUACGAUCAACCACCGCCACUCCCACCCCCAGUCACUUACCAGCCUCGUCCUACAGACCGGAACCAGCCGGUCCUUGUUCCAGCAAACCCGUACCACACCGCAGAGAUCCCGGACUGGCUGCAGGUAUAUGCCAGAGCCCCUCUCAAGUAUGACCAUAUCCUGAAGUGGGAGCUGUUCCAGCUGGUGGAUCUAGAUACAUACCAGGGUAUGUUGAAACUGCUGUUCAUGAAGGAGCUGGAGCGCAUCGUCAAGUCUUACGAGGCCUACCGUCAGGCUCUCCUCUCUGAGUUGGACACGAGAAAGCAGCGGCAGCAGUGGUAUGCCCAGCAGCACAGCAAGAACUUCAACAUGUGACCGAGUAGGCGGCCCCCUUUCUUCCUCUACAAGUCACAAGUAAUCUCUUUUCAGGGAUUAGCAUACCUACCAAAUACUUCUGUUGCUUUUGCUUUGUCCAAAUUAGCAACAGAGUGUCAAGUUUGCACAUCUGUGCCUUAUGAGGCGGGCAUUGUUAUGUUGGGAAAGCAGUUAAUGACUGGUUGGAGAAUGCCCUCUUUAAAGAAACAAGGCAGGAGAGAAAGAUGAAGAUGUUUGCAGUGUGCAACUCCAAGAGGUGGUGAGAAGUUAUUUUUUGCUUAGCUUUAGCUGUUGAAGGUAUAGGGGCUGAAAGACUCGUGCCUUCUGUGUGAUGAAGUUGGCUUAAGGACACUCUUUAAACGUGCCUUAAUAAGCUUCCCAUCAAUGACAGUAAGUUUAUAUGUUCAGAGCAACUGGACAUCUUGCUUUCUGUGUUUUAAUAUAGAAAUGGCUUCAUAAAUAUUUUUGUAGGCAUGUUCAUAUUCAUAUUUUCCCUCUUUAAGAUAUUCCCAGUUCAGAUUGUAAGAUGUUGCCUUUAAAAUUCUGUUUUUUUCUAGUUUGACUUGUUGGUAUUUCCUUUCUCAGGCAAUCUCCUGCACUCUGUCACACAUUAAUUUUUCUUAUGAACAGUCUCUAUAUUUUGAUAACUAAAUUGUAAUGGCAAGAAAGCACCGUAGCUGAUACUUGUUUUGAGCUACUGUUCGCUUUUGGCAUUAUGUAAUUACUAUCUUUACCAUAUAUAAUUUUGUAUACAUGACAUACUGGACAUGCAUAGUAUCUUUAUAUGUCACAAGAUGCCUUAGCUUUAUGUACAAUAUUUAAAAGAACUUGCAUUAUUCUUGUUUGCAUGUGGAUGGGUUCUAAUCUUAU